AUGGGUUCCGAAAAACCAUGGGACCUGGGUCAGCUGCCCUACUUCACCGACCGAGAGAUUGACAUGUACCAGGGGGCGGCCCAGUACGAAAACCCUCCGCACAUCUACGCCCUGGCGGAUCAGAUGUACCGCAACAUGUUGAUUGAUGGGGAGAACCAGUGCGUCAUCAUCAGUGGGGAGAGCGGAGCUGGCAAGACGGUGGCGGCCAAAUACAUUAUGGGUUACGUCUCCAAAGUGUCCGGCGGAGGGCCGAGCGUCCAGCAUGUGAAAGAUAUUAUCCUCAAAUCUAACCCCCUCCUGGAGGCCUUUGGGAACGCAAAGACUGUGCGGAACAACAAUUCCAGCCGAUUUGGCAAAUAUUUUGAGAUCCAGUUCAGCCGCGGUGGGGAGCCGGAUGGGGGCAAAAUCUACAACUUCCUGCUGGAAAAAUCCCGCGUGGUCAGCCAGAAUUCCGGAGAGAGAAACUUCCACAUCUAUUACCAGCUGCUGGAGGGAGCCAGCCAGGAGCAACGGGAGAACCUGGGGAUCACCAGCCCGGAUUACUACUACUACCUCAACCAGUCGGCGGCCUAUAAGGUGGACGACAUGAAUGACCGGCAGGAUUUCCAGGAAACUCUGGCAGCCAUGGGGGUGGUUGGCCUCUCGGAGGAAGAGCAGGCCCUGGUACUCCAGAUAGUAGCUGGCAUCCUGCACCUUGGCAACAUCACUUUCCAGGAGUCGGGAAAUUACGCCGUGGUGGAAAGCAGGGAUUUCCUGGCCUUCCCCGCCUACCUCCUGGCCAUCGACCAGCAGCGCCUGCAGGAGAAACUGACCAGCCGCAAGAUGGACGGCAAGUGGGGUGGCCGGCAGGAGGUCAUCGACGUCACCCUCAACGUGGAACAGGCCAACUUCACCCGCGAUGCUCUUUGCAAGGCCCUCUACGCCCGCCUCUUCGACUUCCUGGUGGACGCUGUCAACAAAGCCAUGGAGAAGCAGCACCAGGAAUACAACAUUGGCGUCCUUGACAUUUAUGGCUUCGAAAUCUUCCAGAAAAACGGCUUCGAGCAAUUCUGCAUCAAUUUUGUGAACGAGAAACUCCAGCAGAUUUUCAUCGAGUUGACCCUGAAGGCUGAGCAAGAGGAAUACGUCCAGGAGGGAAUCCGAUGGAGCCCCAUUGAUUAUUUCAACAACAAAGUGGUGUGCGACCUCAUCGAGAACAAAGUGGUAAGCAAAAAAAACCCCUCCUUAUUCCCCCACAGGAAACAAGCCAACACCCUGGUCAGCACCCUGAUGAAGUGUAGCCCUCAUUACAUCCGGUGCAUCAAGCCGAACGAAACCAAGAAGUCCCGAGAUUGGGAGGAGAGCCGGGUGAAGCACCAGGUGGAAUAUUUGGGGCUGCAGGAGAAUAUCCGGGUGCGACGGGCCGGCUACGCUUAUCGGCGAGUCUUCCAGAAGUUUCUCCAGAGGCCCAAACCGGAAGGACACCAGGAAAAGCCGGUACUCGGCGGGAGGCCCUGCCCUGGGCUGGAAUGCCCAGACCAGCACAGGGCCGGUGUGGGGCAGCCACAGCCGGGGUGCCAGGCCGUCCUUCCAGCAGCGUCAUUCCAUCACCCGCCAGGGCAGCAUGGAGCAGCCCAGCCUGCCGCGCCAGGGAGCCAGCCCGCGUGCCAGGGCCUUCCCCGCAGGACCCCUCGACCUGGGCUUCAUGAAUGUCCCUGACCAAGGGGUGGCUGGCCUUCGGCGCCACCUUAGCAAAGAAGCCAAACCCGUGCCAGGUGGGGGCCGUGCCAAGCCGAAACCUAAACCCAAACCCCAUCCGGGCCUUCCCCGUUGCCGGGCUCUCUACGCCUACGAUGCCCAGGACACGGAUGAGCUCAGCUUCAACGCCAACGACGUCAUUGAAAUAGUCAAGGAAGAUCCGUCGGGAUGGUGGGAAGGCCGCAUCCGUGGCAAGGAAGGGCUGUUUCCAGGGAACUACGUGGAGAGGAUCUGAGACGGAGCUGGCACUGCCCGUCUCCUGCGCUGGCACCAGGGGCUGCCCCACGGCUUCCUCUUGGGGGCUGGAAAAGACACCGGGAGUUUCCUACGGGACGUUACCGGAGGGGGGCAGCCGAUACUCGCAGGAGGGCGAAGAAAAGGCGCCUGGUUGACAGGCAGAAACCGGGUGCCACUUGGCGCCCUCUGAACGCGGCCAAGAUAACCAGUGUUUCCUGCAGAUAAGACAUCCGUCUCGCUGCCCUAAAAGCCACGCCAAUGGAUGCCAGCCUGGUGGACCUUCAACGCGGGGAGAACAGGGGGGGGGAGAGGGAAUAGGUAGCCAGGAAACCCCCCAAAGAGAACCCCCAAAUGUUUUGAAGGCAGGAAAAAAUAAUCAUGGGAUUUUUUAGAAAGGAUUCUUUAAAAGCAACAUGGCAAAAGCCUCAAACUUCUGUCUUGGGUUUUCAAACGUGCCACGCUGGGGUGGGGGGCAUCCUGGGGCCCCUUUACUGCCAACCUGCGUGAAUCCGGUCUUCCGGAAGGGAGGAAAAAAAGGGGGGGGGAUGCUAAAAUUUGUGGGUGGCAC